AACCUCUAACGCCGACGCCAACGGACGAAUACUAAUGUGUUGUGGGGAAUGAAGGCAAAUAUAUAAAUUCGAUCGGUGAACCGAGACCAGUCGUGAUUCGUUUGAAGUCUUCCAACAGGCAAACAUGAGGUUUGCUUCUAUUGCUUUGGUCUUUUUGGCCGUGGGAUGUUCCCAACUCAACGCUUAUCCUCAAGGUCAAUAUGGCGCUCCCCAAGAGCCCAAGUGCACCACGAAGAAGGUUCAACAACCCACAUCAUACAACUGCAAGCAGGACCAGGAGUGUCAGACUUCUUACGAAGAGCAAUGCCAGACCAAGUACGAUGAGCAGUGCGAAACUAAAUACGAAGAAAAGUGUGAAGUAGAGUACCAGGAACAGUGUCAGACCAAGUACGAGGAGCAAUGCCAAACCGAAUACCAAGAGCAGUGCGAAACCAAGUACGAGCAGGAAUGCAAGACCGAGUAUGACCAACAAUGUGAGACCAAGUACGAGGAGAAGUGCGAGUCCAGCUAUGGAACCUCGUGCAAGACCGAAUACGAGCAGGAGUGCCAAACCAAGUACGAGGAACAAUGCGAGACCAAAUACGAGACCACUUAUGAGCAGCAAUGCCAGACCACGUAUGAGGAACAAUGCGAAACCAAGUACGAGACCCAGUAUGAGCAGAAAUGCGAGACCAAGUACGACACUCAAUACGAGGAGCAAUGCCAAACCAAGUAUGAGGAACAGUGCGAGACCAAAUACGAGACUCAAUACGAGACCAAGUACGAGGAGAAGUGCGAGACCCAAUACGAGACCGAGUAUGAGACCCAAUACGAGGAGCAAUGCGAAACCAAGUAUGAGGAACAAUGCCAGACCAAGUACGAGGAACAGUGCCAGACCACCUAUGAGCAGGAGUGCGAGACCAAGUACGAAACACAGUACGAGGAGCAAUGCCAAACCACGUACGAGCAACAGUGUGAGACCAAGUACGAGACCUCCUAUGAGGAACAAUGCGAGACCGUCUACAAGACCGAGUACGAGACCGUCUAUGAGGACAAGUGCGAGACCAAAUACGAGGAUAAAUGCCAGACCGUCUACGAAACUGAGUACGAGACCAAAUACGAGCAACAAUGUGAGACCAAGUACGAGCAGCAAUGCCAAACCAAGUACGAGACCUCCUACGAGCAACAAUGCGAGACCAAGUAUGAAACUACCUAUGAGCAACAAUGUGAGACCAAGUACCAGCAGGUCUGCGAGAAGCCCAAGCCCACCUACGGCUACGGUCCCCCCAAGCCCAAGUGCAAGUCUGUGCCCAAGCAGGAGUGCAAGUCCGUCCCCAAGCAAACCCAAAAGCAAGAAUGCAAGUCCGUGCCCAAGCAGACCCCCAAGCAGGAAUGCCAAUCCGUCCCCAAGCAGGAAUGCCAAAAUGUCCCCAAGCAGGUCGCCAAGCAGGUCCCCAAGCAACAAUGCGAACAAGUGGGUAAGCAAGUGUGCAACAAGAUUCCCCGUCAACAAUCCAAGCAAGUGCCCGAGCAAAAGUGCACCCAAAUCCCUAAGCAGACCCCCAAGCAGGAAUGUAAGAAUAUCCCCAAGGAGCAAUGCCAACAGAUCCCCAAGCAGGUCCCCAAGCAAGAGUGCAAGAAUGUGCCCAAGCAACAAUGCCAACAGGUGCCCAAGCAGGAAUGCCAACAAGUGCCCAAGCAGGAAUGCAAGCAGGUCUCCAAGCAGGUCCCCAAACAAGUGGAAAAGCAAGAAUGCCGUCAAAUCCCCCGCCAGGAGUGCAAGCAAGUGCCUAAGCAAUCCUGCCAACAGAAGCCCAAGCAAGAGUGCAAGCAAGUGCCCCGCCAAGCCUGCCAGAAGGUGCCCAAGCAGGAAUGCCAACAAGUGCCCCGCCAAAAGUGCCGCAAUGAGCCCCGACAGGAGUGCCGUCAAGUGCCCAAACAAGAAUGCCAACAGGUACCCAAGCAACAAUGCUCUACCUUCUACUUGUGCGAGGAAUGUGAACAGCCCUCUUACAGCGGUCGCUAAACUGACCUUUUCCGAGGUUCAUGAGCGUCUGUCCCGUCCAGGGAUGAACCAUCUCUUCUUGCCCCGUUUUGGAACCCUCGUCCAGACGAUAUUGACUAUCGGCCUCGUUUCCUUCCAAACCAAGCAGAGCUGUAAA